AUGGAUUCAAACAGUGACUUUAUUGAUCUAACAACUACGAGAAAGAAUCUUGAUUUGAUAUCGGAUAUCAAAUUCUCCAAAAAUAAUCAAUAUCAACUUUUGAUUGGUACUUGGGGUAGUAACCUACUCCUAUACGACUGUCGAUCAUUUACCAAUUACCCUCAUGAGCCAUUGCCAAGGGAUCCCAUUUGUGAAUUGAAUACUAUUGACACUCCAUUGAGUAUACUAUAUCCAGGAAAUAAUAAUACAAAUAGUCAGGCACCACCAAUUGUAGGAUUACUUGAUGGUUCAGUACGGGAAGUUGAUUUUGAGAAUGUCAAACUUGGCAAAAACAUGGGUGAAUCCAUCGAGGGCGAAGACGUACGGAAUGGAAUCAACCACUUGUGUCAAGUAGCAAACAAUUCCAUCAUUGCUAGUUCUUUCAGGGGUAAUUUACAACUUCUAGAUCAAAGAUUGCAAAAACCAUUAGCCAGUUGGAAAAAUGAGAGGAAAAUCUUGACAAUGACAUCAACCGAAAAAUACUUGAUCCUUGGAUUGGCGGGGAAUAUAGUUGAACUUUAUGAUUUGAACAAGUUGGGACCAUCCUCAAAACCAAUGCCAGUGGAGACCAGAGAAGUUGGAUUAAAAUACCAGGUGACUGACAUUAAAGCCUCACCUGACCAAAGCGCGCUUGCAAUGUCGUCAAUUGAUGGUAGAGUAUCGAUCGAGUACCUUGAUAUCUCACCCGAAGCACAGCAGGAGAAAAAUUUCGUAUUCAAAAGUCAUCGACAUUUUGACAAAGAAUCAGGAACCGAUUUGGUCUACCCGAUAAACUCAAUGGCAUUCCGAAAGAGUGUUAGUCGUAGCAAUUUGCUAUUUACCGCUGGUUCGGAUGGAUAUCUUUGUUUGUGGGACAUCAACAAGAGGAAAAGAUUGAAACAGUAUCCUAAAUUCCAAACUUGUGAGAUUGAUGGGUUACCUCUGGAAGAGAGUACGACUGAAAGCAUAGCUAAAAUCGAUAUAAGUCAUACGGAUGAUUUGAUAGCUGUGGCUACCAGCGAUGACAAUUACAAGAGAAGGCGGCGAUUAUCCGAGAGUGAAAACUCUAGAUUGCCCAGUCGCGUCUACAUUAGACACUUGAAGGAUUAA